AUGUCGUCUGGAUUUCAUCUCCACAACGCACUGAAUCGGCAUGAUGUUGACAUAUGUGGCAUAUCGGAACACUGGCUCUUUGAGGAAAACAGCCACUUAUUUCAGAGCAUCCACAAUUCAUAUGAUUCUCAUGUUAUAUGUGAUUUCUCCUCACAUCCACAUGCUGACAGAAGAACGCGUAAAGGUGGUGUUGCGCUGAUGUGGCGCAAGCGUCUAUCCGAUAUGACAGUUGUUAUUGAUUCUGAUGACGAUCGUAUCGCGAUAAUUAAAGUUGUCAUGGAGGAUACUGUCUUUUAUGUAGUCCAGGUGUAUUUUCCAACAAUGCGUUAUGGAAUGGACUUGUUCCGCUCAUAUGUUGACAAGCUCGAUGAACUGUACACAAGACUCUCUGCAGAUGGAUUGGUUAUAUUUAUAGGGGAUUUUAAUGCCCCUCUGAGUGGUCCUCGUGUAAGUACCGGUCCGAAUCCUCAAGGCAUUGCUCUGCAACAUUUCUUGGAUCUGAACCAGUUAACUGCUGUCAACACACUGUUUACUUGCCUUGGCCCUGUAAACUCCUAUGUGCAUGGUGACGAUACCGCAUGCUCCCUAGUGGACUACGUCAUGGUUGACUCAGGAAAGAUUGAUCUGGUCACUGAGUGUAAAACUUCUGACGACAGUUUUCUUGACGUCUCUAAUCACAGAGCCAUAUUCUUUGUCAUACGUACUCCAGAGGGAGUUUUACAUAACUCCAAUUCCGCAAACACUUUGGAAAGAACAUCUUUCAAGUGGAUCACAGCUGGUAACAAUAGAAACACUGAUGUAUAUCGUAAUACUGUUGAACGUCUAUUGCGUGUCUCAGGUCUAGUUGAACGUGAUAUUUCGACUUGUAACGAAAUUGAAACCUUCACAUCUGAUCUCGUUGGAGUGAUUAAAGAGGCUUCCCUAACAUCUCUACCUGUAAAGAAAUUUCGGACGUUCCUUAAACCAUAUUGGAAAGGCCAACUCAAGGACCUACAUAAAAAAAUGUGGAAUCUUCGUUGUGUCUGGGUUAAGCUUGGUCGUCCACGGGGUGACAACUCUGAAUCCUUUCGUCUGUAUAAAGAAGCAAAGUGCAAUUUUCGUAGGGCUCAUCGUCGGCUGUCAGAGGAACAUCUACAGAAACAGAAUGAUGACGUUGCAGAAGCGGCUGAGGUAGAUCAGCAAACAUUCUGGACACUAGUAAAACGUCGUUGUAAACGUAGUGAGGGCACAGCGAGUGCAGAGAUGAUUUUCGAUGGCCAGACAGUCCGAAACCCACAAGAACUUGUAGUUCACUGGGGUACAUAUUUUUCAUCUUUGUAUAAACAAUCUGAAAGCGCAGAUUAUGAUGACGCUUUCAAAAUGUUUGUUGACUCUAAAAUGAAAACUAUUCUUGAUCAGCCCUCAGUAUCAUCGCAUUUCAGAAGCUUUAUAGCAUAUGAAGUAAAAGCAAUUUGUAAGAAAUUACCGUUAGGUAAGGCACCUGGUCAUGACAACUUAGUUUAUGAACACUUCAUAAAUGGAGGUGAACAUCUGUAUCACUGUUUGACGAAAUUAUUUAAUGCUAUUAUGUUUCAUGAGUUUUUCACUUAA